UAAAGUUAAUCCGGAAUGAGGACAAAAUCACCACCUCUCUGCAUCGUAAAGAGACAGCUACGAAUAAUUUAUUGCAUUUCGGAAGUUUCCAUCCGGGACACACCCGUAGAGGGAUACCGACGGGCCAAUUUUUAAGACUGAGACGUAACUGUUCACAAAUGGAGGACUUCAGGAGACAUGCGAGGGAUCUAACGGAGCGCUUGAGGGUGAGAGGUUACCCUAAAAAGGUUAUAUCAAGAGCUUUUCAAAAAGCAUUGCACUCUGACAGAAAUGAAUUAUUGAAACCGAGGACACGAUUGGAAGAUACAUCUCUACGCCUCACUACACCAUACAACAACCAGUGGAAUCAGAUACGACAAUUACUACAUCAACACUGGACCAUUCUGAAAUCAGACCUGAAGAUUAACCCCUUAAUACCAACAAUCCCAUUAUUAACAGCAAAACGGGCACGGAACCUGAAAGAUAUUCUGACACAGAGUCAUUUUGCGAGAUCGAGAGGAAAAAGGAACAGAAAACAAGAAUACAUUGGCUCAUUUCCAUGUGGUGAGUGUUCUAUUUGCCAAUACAUGGAACCCACACGAGAUUUUGUGGAUCCAAGAGGGGGCACUCGGCAUCACCUCAAACAAAACAUUAAUUGUAAAUCCAGGAAUGUUGUGUAUGCCAUUUUAUGUCCCUGUAACCAGGUGUAUAUAGGCCAGACGACACAGGAACUGAGGAAACGAAUUCAGAAGCAUUUUUCCACAAUUUCGCUAGCCGAUAGAGACUUUAAAAGUGAGAGAACUUUGACAUCAGUGGCAGCCCACUACAGAAAACAUCAUGCAGAUCCAUUUGGACCACUGUAGGGUUUUCAUCGGGGAUAACAAGUCUCACAAUCAAAUGGAGCUCAUUAACCGUGUUUCUUGUUUGUUUUUUUCAUUUAUGCAUGUCUCAUAAAUUGUGAAGAAUAUGUCCAGGAGACAUAUUCUGGAAGAUGCAUCUUCACUAAAUGUUAUGGCUAUUGUGAUACAUGUUGGCAUUGGGUAUGAUCUAGUUCAUGGGGGCUGAUGCAGUUUGCAUAGGGAUAUGGUUUAAUUUGGUCAGGUUUAUUUGACAUCUGUUAUUUGUCACCAGAUUUGUCUCUACUUCCGAUUUUGAUUUUAUCUCACUCAUGUACAUAUAUUUGGGUUGAUAAUUUAGAUAUUAUCAUAAUCUAGAUAUUAUCAUUAUCAGACUCUGUCCUUAUUCUUUUCUAUUUUUGCUCCAUCUCCGGACAAGCAUAUAUCCUGAAUCUUACCUCCCCUUGAUACCAUGUUGGGCUCGAUCACGUGACGGGUGGGCGGGGUGCGGCGCCGAUCCAGCAGGGCCAUGUGCCGGGCGCG